AUGUCGAACAAAUAUUUUCCCUCUAUAUAUUCUCCAAAUACAAAUUUGAAGCCUUUAAACAACAUAGCAGUGCAAUCCCGGCAUCCACAACCCUCUAAACUAUCAAUUCUUCCAAAAACUAGAUCUUUAUUACGUGCUGAAUCAAGUUUCAGUCUCAAUCUUUCUCCUUUAAGGUCCAAAAACUCUUCAAACGAUCUAAGUUUAUCAUUUAGUAGGGAAAAUUCUCAAAAUCCAAACGAUUUAAAAUCAUUUAUAAAGCCUUCAGACUAUCCUGUAUUUAAAAUAGAAAGGCCUUAUGGCCGAACUAACAGCUGGAGAAGCAAACUAUUUGAUGCACAUGAAUUUGAUUAUCAGUCAAAAUAUUGCUUAUAUAAGAAGAGUUUCUUGAAUAAAAAAUCAGUUUUUUCAUUAAUGAAAAAACUUGAACCAAAACCAAUUAAUUUUGUCUAUGAAACUCCAUGUGUUGUAAGAUCUGUAAGUACAAAGAAAAGAGGGAUUAAGGAACAUAAUUUUAAGGAUGCAAAUAGAAAAUGGGACUUAUUUAGUGGAAGACCUAUGAUAAUAGGGUCAAUGAUUAAGAGAAAUGGCCCUGCAAGGGUUAAAAUCGAGAGAAAAAGAAUAUUGCCAAGAACUUCAAGCAAUGUAAAUACAUCAACUGAAGAAACUUUUUGUUCAUUUUAG